CGUGCCAAAAAAAGCAAAAUACUGCUUUUUAAAUAAAGAAAUCCACUUAAUAUUAUGUCGAAUUUAGUUCACCCUUUUGAUCCGGCCCUCCAUAAUAUUUUCUGGUUCUCAUGUGGCCCUAUGCAAAAAAUAAUUGCCCACCCCUGACUUAAAUGGUCACACUUGCGGAAGAAACGCAUCAAGUGAUUACCGCGACAGGGAAUUUGGUGCCCUUUGGGCCAAGACAAUCCUGCGGUGUGACUUUACCUGCGCUCGCCCUGUGAUUGGAGAAUUUGGGAUGUUCGCCCCGCCCACCACCGACGGACCACCGGUCUCUCCAGCUGGUGAGCUCACAGUCGCUUUCAGCAAGCAGUCCGCCGCACAACGUGAGCCCUCCCUCACCCCACUGAACGGACACCCCGCCGUCACGUCACUCAUGCUUUCACCACGCCGCCGCUGAGGCAACGUGCGACUCGGAAUCGGCUUUUCUCUUCUUUGGUUUUUUUUUUGAAUUUUUGGAUGCGCCAUGAAAGCGCGUUGGAGGAGUUGCGGUGCGGGGCUGGUGGCGUGGACUUGGGGUCUUUGGAGCGUGGCGUGGUGCAUCCCGGCAAAUGAAGUUAACCUGCUGGACUCUCGCUCUGUGAUGGGAGACCUCGGAUGGGUGUCAUACCCGAAAAAUGGGUGGGAAGAAAUCGGGGAAGUAGAUGAAGACUAUGCCCCCAUCCACACCUACCAAGUGUGUCGGGUCAUGGAGCAGAACCAGAACAACUGGCUUCACACCAACUGGAUAUUGACAGAGGGAGCCCAGCGAGUUUACAUAGAGCUCAAGUUCACCCUGAGAGACUGCAACAGCCUCCCCGGUGGCGUUGGAACUUGCAAGGAGACGUUCAAUAUGUACUACUAUGAAACGGAUGGGGGCGAAUUGGAGGAUGGAGAAAUGGAGGACGGCGAGAGGAUAACGGAAGAGGAAGACAGGGCCUUGAAGGAGAGCCAGUACAUCAAAAUCGACACCAUAGCGGCUGACGAGAGCUUCACUGAGCUUGACCUCGGGGAUCGGGUUAUGAAGCUCAACACCGAAGUCCGCGAUUUAGGCCCUUUGACCCGGAAGGGCUUCUACUUGGCAUUUCAGGAUUUGGGAGCCUGCAUCGCUCUGGUUUCGGUGCGAGUUUUCUACAAACGUUGCCCGCUUCUUGUGAAAAGCCUGGCCGAGUUCGCGGAUACCAUCCCUGGAUCAGAGGCCUCGCAGUUGGUGGAGGUCGUGGGUCGCUGCGUCAACAAUUCGCUGCCUUUAUACGAGCCUCCCAGGAUGCAUUGCAGCUCUGAGGGAGAAUGGCUGGUUCCCAUCGGGAAGUGCGUGUGCAAGCCAGGAUUUGAAGAAAUCCUUGGAUCCUGUCAAGCCUGCAAAGUGGGCUUUUACCGGUCGCUGUUGGAUUCCCUGCUCUGCAGUAAAUGUCCACCCCACAGUGUGGCCCGGCACACUGGAGCGACUUUAUGCAGCUGUGAAGAAGGAUAUUACAAGAUUGACUCUGAUCCUCCCAAUAUGGCCUGCACACGGCCACCUUCCGCUCCGCGCAACGCCAUCUCCAACGUCAACGAGACCAGUGUCUUCCUGGAGUGGUCUGUUCCCAUGGAGUCCGGAGGCAGGAAGGACAUCCGUUACAACGUCCUUUGCCAACAAGUCUUGCCGGGCGGAAGAGGCUUGGAAGAGUGCGGCCCAAACGUGCGCUUUCUGCCACGUCAGGCGGGCCUAUUCAACACCUCAGUGAUGGUGGCCGAUCUGCAAUCGCACACCAACUACAGUUUCCUGCUGGAGGCCGUCAAUGGCGUGUCAGAGUUUGCCAAAGACCGCACGAAGCAGUAUGUGUCACUCAACGUGACCACCAAUCAGGCUGCACCUUCCCCGGUGAGUGUGGUGAGAAAAGGUCACACUGGCAAGAGCAGCAUCACACUUUCCUGGGCCGAACCGGACCGACCGAACGGCAUCAUCCUGGAAUAUGAAAUCAAGUAUUUUGAGAAGGAGCAGGACUCUAGCUACACGAUAAUAAAAUCCCGCGAGACAGAGAUGGCGGUGGAAAGUCUCAAACCCUCUUCAGUCUACAUCUUCCAGGUGCGAGCCAGGACGUCUGCAGGUUACGGUGCUUUUAGCCGGCGUUUUGAAUUCCAGACAAGCCCUUACUUAACAGCAACCAGCGAGCGUGCCCAGGCUUCCAUAGUAGCAGUGGCCAUCACUUUGGCGCUUGUCCUACUGGCAGCCGUGGCUGGAUUUCUACUUAGCGGACGGCGGUGUGGGUACAGCAAAGCAAAGCAAGAUCCUGACGAGGAGAAAAUGCACUUCCAUAAUGGACACAUUAAGUUCCCUGGAGUGCGUACCUACAUUGACCCCCUCACCUAUGAAGACCCGAACCAGGCAGUACAUGAAUUUGCCCAAGAGAUUGACGUGUCGUUCAUCUCCAUUGAAAGGAUCAUUGGCGCUGGGGAGUUUGGUGAGGUGUGCAGCGGACCACUGAGGUUGCCGGGGAAAAGGGAGAUGCAAGUCGCCAUCAAGACAUUGAAAGCGGGAUACACGGAGCAUCAGAGACGUGACUUCCUGUGGGAGGCAUCAAUCAUGGGGCAGUUUAACCAUCCCAACAUCAUUCACCUGGAGGGUGUGGUCACCAAGAGCAAACCGGUGAUGAUCAUCACUGAAUACAUGGAAAAUGGAUCCCUGGACACAUUUCUCAAGAAAAAUGAUGGCCAGUUCACUGUUAUCCAGCUGGUUGGUAUGCUGCGUGGCAUUGCAUCUGGCAUGAGGUACUUGGCUGACAUGGGCUAUGUCCACCGCGAUCUGGCAGCUCGCAACAUCCUGGUCAACAGUAACCUUGUGUGCAAAGUGUCUGAUUUUGGCCUCUCCCGCGUUCUGGAGGACGACCCUGAGGCUGCUUACACCACACGGGGCGGGAAAAUUCCAAUUCGCUGGACAGCUCCCGAGGCGAUCGCCUACAGGAAGUUCACCUCGGCCAGCGACGUUUGGAGUUACGGCAUCGUCAUGUGGGAAGUGAUGUCGUAUGGGGAGCGUCCCUACUGGGAAAUGUCCAAUCAAGAUGUCAUAAAGGCAGUCGAAGAGAGCUAUAGGUUACCAGGUCCUAUGGAUUGCCCCGAGGCUCUCUACCACCUCAUGAUGGACUGCUGGCAGCGAGAACGCAGCAACCGACCCAAGUUUGAUGAGAUUGUAUGUCUACUAGACAAACUCAUUCGCAACCCCUGCUCGCUGAAAAAUCUGGUCAACUCCUCACACAGGGUGUCCAACCUGCUCGUGGAGCAUGCCAGUGUAGACGCGGACUGCAACAUCUGGAGUAGAACAGUCGGCGAGUGGCUGGAUUCAAUCAAGAUGGGCCGUUAUACGGAACUCUUCAUGGAAGGAGGAUACUCGUCCCUGGACACGGUCACUCAAAUGACAUCCGAGGACUUGCGGAGAGUUGGGGUGAACCUUGCAGGGCAUCAGAAGAAAAUCAUCACGAGCAUUCAGGAAAUGAGAGUUCUUAUGAACAACUCCAAUAGCAGCGUCAACAUCUGAUGCGGACUGCAUGUGCAGGUGCGCGCACAUACGCACAACAUAGGUGGGCCUAGUAUGAAGAAGACAGCAGUUGGACCUAGAGCGGCUUCGCACUUUCUCAUUUCAAGGAACAUACUUUCUAUGGACCAGUGAAUGGUGUUAUGGACCAAACUGAAGGGAACGGAGUGGUUUUACAACAGAGAGAACACGGCGGACUAAUUAAACUGAAGACUUUCCAUCCAGAGGAUUCUGUUUGAGUCAAUCUCUGGGAUUGCUCACAUCCAGCACCGCUUAGACUCUCACAGUCUAACAUGAAGGUAGACUCCCAGAGCUACCAGCACUUUUUUGGCUAUAUCACAAAUAUGUCUCAUUUCUCAGGUUAUCUGAGUACAGCGGACCUGUAUACUCUUCUUCUUGUCUUCUGGAAACUGCAGCGAGCCCCGUUCUACCGUGGGGUAUUAGUGCACCAACGGCUGCCAUGUAGAUCUACUCCGGUUUUUGUUUGGCGGCCAUAAUCGGGUUGCCAGACUUGUUUAAGAUCCACAGUCACAUUCGACCACAAUUUAGUUAUUAACUCAAAAGGAAUGGUAGCAUGUAUACGGACCGAAAUCUGAAAUACAAAGUUAUGACCCCAUGUUUCUGGGUCAGAUUUUCUCCAGGAGAGUAUGGACUUGGUUCUUAACCGGAUGAAUGUAACGCUCUUCGGAUGCCCACCCUGAAUGGCUACAUGAUGUUCUGAUAAGCAAAUGGAGACAAACCCGCUCGCACUCUUCUGAAGUUGGUUCGCAGACUGCAUGAACAACGUUCUCUCGCUUUAUGUUGUCUUUCUCGGGACUCAACCAAUGGAACCUGACUGAUCAUCUGAUCUUGCAAAGGAAACAGUCAGCACUCACUCAACCAUUCACGCUCACAACCGUCGGAAUCUUCACAAGGACCAUGAUGAGUCUUUCAAGUGGUUCGGUGGAUAUUCAAACUGAAAGGUUGCAUUGGCGAGAGCCGAAAUGUCGAAAACUCCUCAGUUUCGUCCAGGAAGAAGAGAUGUCAAGACCUCGUAAGCAUGAUUAUGCUUGAUUAAGCAGAUGUUUGUGCAUUAAUAGAACUCCCGCAUGAAGACGUUAGUGGAAUCGCUAAUGGAUCCUUCUCUGAAAUUCAAAUGGUAUCCACCAGGAUUCCUUCCAGUGCAACUUUCAUGGCCACCUUCAGCUACUGCAGAAAACCGUCGGCUACUCUUCCGAAGCAGAAUCUUUCUCCACUUCAAGUGUGCCACACCACAGUGCACCUCGUUCAAAUGGAACCACUGGCAAACAAAGGCAAUAUUGACUACAUCGAUAAUCACUUAUUAUUUAUUGCUAUUUAUAGAAAAUACAAAAAAAAAAGGUUAGUGUUUGCAUUGAAUCUGUGAAGCUCUGCCUACAUGUAUUUCAUGUAUAUAAUGUAUUAUAUCUAUUUAAAGCAGGGAGCAUAAUUCUUCCGUAAUUCUUCAUGUGGUCAAGUUGAUAUUGAUCAAGCGUCUCCGAGUAGAAUUUCAAAAUCAGCAUUCUUCAACGAUAGACCUGUUCCACUGUAAAUUAGGGACAGGGAGCACACCUGACCUUUGUCAAGGUGAACCCCAACAGAUUUCCAGACAAAUCCAAAUGUGGAAUACUUUUGCAGGUUGGUUGUCAGUUUACAGUUUCGAUUCAACAUCAAUAUUUCCAGCACCCUCGAUAAAAAAAAGUGGGGAAUAUUUUUACAUUUACAGAGUAUUUCAUGUCCCCAAGUUGAAAGAAAUGUGCAGAUAACUUUUAAAGAUGAAGAUGAUGUAAAUGCUCAUCGUAUCACUGAUGAAAAUCGAAUAGUCAUUUUAUAUCAUUUUAGAAGGAAAUAAAUAUAAUGAAAAAUUAUUUCAACUCCUACGCAAGCAUAAAUAGUUUGAGACAAUAUGCCUCAUCUUACAGUAAGGCGGUAUACUUAGGAUUUUCAGCAAAAUCAUUUAAAAAAUAUUAUUGGAUUUUAUUGCAGGUUCAUUUCAAAAUUCCAUUUCGUCCUUUGUAGUUUUUCUCUCUUCACCGCGGCCCCGGUACUCGUUCAUGGCGUGUGUACGGGAGGUGGGACUGAAGUGAAAUUGUAAACGACACUCAAAUGGACUGUUUGAAAAGCACACAAGAAGAAUGUAAAUUUUUCAAAGACUCUUCCACUUUUUUUAAGAACCCGUUUAGAUUUUCAAAUAAGACAACGCGAAGGCCUCUACCGUGGUCGGGAGGAAUUGUGGUGUUAAAAUUAUUUUACCAUUUUAGCAACCCGUUUUAUGUAACAGGGCGGCGGAAUGAUCCUAGAAAACAAAUGGGGUUGGGGGGGGCAGCUGUAAGUGAGUGUGCCCUCUUGUGCUUCGUAAUUUCAAAACCAAAAAACAUUCUUUUUGUUUCACUCAGUGGACCGGCCCUGUUCACAAAGAAAUUUGUUUAUGAACGAAAACUUUCGACCAGUUCGUGAACAGUACCAACAUAUACACACUCACUCUGUGUGUCAUCUCAUUUGUUUUUGUUUUUUUGGGUGGGGGGGGUUGUUUUUGUUUUGCUCUAAUUACUCAUGAUGAAUGUGAAAAAUGCAGGUGAAUAUGCCACUUGGAAUCUGUGCAAAUUGUGACCAAGUUUGUGAAUCCACUCUAUUUGUUGAUUGAAGUAUAAAUGUAGAUGAUUGGGACAAAAAAGAUGAUUUGAAGGGAUGCACAUUUGGCACGGGGGAAAUUAUCAGUAGACUCACAAAUUUUUGUUUCACUUUUUAUUUUUUUUAAAGAUGAGAUGGGAGACUCUCGUGAGUGUCAUAUUGAGCGGAAUAAUGGUGUCCCCCCCCCCCCCGUGGAGUUGCCAUAGUAUGUUCGUAGCUCAGGUAACUUGACUGACAGCACCCCCUGAGGAGGAAGCCAAAAUAGUGCACACAAUUUCACCUCACUCUCUUCGAAACAGUUGCUCAAUAAUCAACUCCAUCCAAUUGGCUGAUUCGUUAACAUCAUUUACGGUUGAAAAUAUACACUAUAUUGGUGGUGUAAGCAAUUAUGAUGGAUGUAUCUGAUUUACUGCCUCUUAACCCUUUCACGCACCCUGUAAUCCGAUAACAUGAUAAUCUGUCCACUGUACCGUAACCGCUGUCCCUGAAAGAGUUAAAUUAGCUUCAAAUUUCAUUCUUUAAUUUUUGAUUUAUGUGACUGAUUUUGGGGGAUGAUGCACAAAUGGAAUGGUUAACCACCAACCUAAUUUCGACGAAAAACGUAUGUCUUGGAGCAUGAACAGUUGGACAAUUGUACACCCUUCUAAGUGCCUCAUAUCUUUUUAGCACCAUCAUUCAGGCACCUCCUCUGCCAAAAGGCUUGGCCCCAAUGGUGCCCCAUAUUUUAUUUACGUUUGCCAACGUUAUCUGCAGGUAAUGUCAGACAAUGUCCACGUUUGAACUAAUUUGAUUUGCACUUUAUGAUGAAUCUGUUGCUCUUCUUUAUUUAAUUCCCCACCGCAAAGUUGUUUUAAGGCUUUGGUUAUGUCCGUUUAUGUGUAGUGUGAAUCAAUUCCACUUGAUCACAAGGAUUUGGUCGUCAUUUUAAGAAGCAGACGGAAGGGAUGAAGAGCACCAUUUUCUUGUGAAUGGCACAAUUGUCGACUUUUGAAGCGUAAUCAUGAAGAAAUGUAUGAUGGUGACUUGAUGUUCGCUCAACGUACAUGUUGUGAAUCGUGUCUACAAAGUGAAGGCGGAUGUUCUCCGAGGCUGUUUUUUGGCAUUUUAGCACUUCCACUUCAAAGUGGCCUUGUGUUAACAGCUAUUAAUUUGGAUAGCUUUUAAAAAUCGAUAAUAAACACACCGGGUGGUUGGUAAUUGUCCUGUAAAAUACUUUCAAUUUGUGAGCAUUACUGAUUUCUCUACCACGCCGCUAAACUGCAAUGACAUCAGUCACGUGUCACAUUCAAAACAGUUCUCUGAAUGUAUUUCUUCUUGGACUUGAGACAUGUUGAAGUUUCAAACCCAGUCCUUUUCUUUGCUGUUUGAAACCAUUAAAAAAAACUGCCAAAAUAUGCGAACCACUUUGUAGUAAUAGAAUAUACAAGGUUACAGCAAUAACGUUAAUCAUUCUUCUGAUGGAAUGUUAGCUUUUAAGCUAGCAGCGAAGAAGCUUUACUGAACGGAGUCAACUUUUAAGCAUGUUUAGCAACAAUUGUCAAAAACAAUUAAUCUAAUGUCUAUUAAGAUUUAAAAACAAAUAUAACCGAACAAUUUUCGUCAACGUGCAGAAUACAACAUCAUUCUUCGAUUACUAUUGAUGUCAACUUGCUGCCACUUCAGCCAUAUUGUAUAAAAAGAGUCCAGGACAGAAAUGUGUCAAUUACAAUAAGUUCCACUUUUAUGGUCAUCAUCAUAUUUCUCCAUUUUCAAUCCGUGGUGGCACCCAUUAGAAAAACAAAAAUAACAGAUACAAAAACCAAACACCCUCACUGAGUCAUGCCUUUAAACGUCUAAAAGUCUAAACAAAUUGGCACCUGGUUCAACCUCUCCAAUUUUAUCCAACGUUUCCGUCAUAUUCUGAUUCCAAAUCAAAUGACUAUCAAGGUUUUCGACUUUUUCACUGUGCCCAAACUGUGAAUUAAUGAGUCCCCAUGUCUUAUUCGCUGAUGUAAAGAGGUUUUGAUUGAACUGGACCAAAAGCACUUAUACGAGUGGCAAACAUAAAAAGUUUUCACACCUUAAAAUGAACAGUUUUUGUUGGCAGGCAACAUUUGUAGAGAUGUUUUUUUUCUUCUCGAUUAACUGAGUACUCAGUUGAAUCUUUUCACUCAAAAUAUAAGCAAUGUGCUCUUGAACAUGUUGGAAAAAUGUCAAAUCAAAACUUAGUUGCUUGGGGCUGAGGUAGAUAUUAUUAUGACAUGUUUUUUAACCUUAUUAUCCAUGGAACAAUCCUGAAAAUCAUCUGCACAAUGGCUGGUGUUUCCUGAAUAAACAUUUCAUUGAAUUUUCUUGAUUGUUUGCAUCAUCAGUCACACAGGGUGCCAUGAAUCAAAAGUCCCAGAGCCUGUUGUGUGGUUUUCCUACGGAUAAAACAUGGAGUGUUAGCAUGGAACUUGGCAUACGGGUCUCUCUGAAAUCUUUGUGUUGAUGAAAUGUCUCCUACUAUUUACGCACAUUUGGUGGUCAGGUUCAAUGCUGAAAACAAUAAUUGUACUGGUAAAGCGUGCGCAUUUUCCAACAACUGAAUGACAGCUUUGGAUUCAUUGAAAGCACAGUGAAACAUACUUAGUAACUGUUGUGCUAUUAGUUUGUCUUUGAGACUGUCAUGUAUUAUGUUUGUGUUGUUGUUUUUUUUAUUGUAGUGUGUUCUCAAAUGCUCUAUUUUUCCAAUAAAAUUAUAGAAAAGUAAA